AUGUCACAAUUAAUGGCAGAUUUGCCGGCCAAUCGCGUAAACAUUGUUGAAAAGCCAUUCACCACCGUAGCAGUAGACUACACCGGUGCAAUUCCAUACAAAACGGCAAAAGGUAGGGCUGGUAAAAUUUCUAAGGCUUACAUUUCAAUAUUUGUCUGUAUGGCUACAAAGGCACUUCAUAUCGAACUAGUAUCAGAUUUAACAGCCGACGCGUUCAUAGCUGCCGUUCGCAGAUUGGUAGCGCGUCGUGGAAUGAUCAAGAGCUUCAACAGUGACAAUGGCACAAACUUUGUAAAAGCUAAUAAAGAUCUAAGUGAUUUAUUUGAAAUCGAAAAAGAAGAGUUCAAAACAAUCUGCGAUGAACUUUCAAAGCAAGGCAUUUCUUGGCAUUUCUCACCCGCUGGUGCGCCUCAUUUCAAUGGCCUCGCCGAGGCUGGUGUGAAAGUUGCAAAGACUCAUUUAAUAAAAACAAUCGGAAAAACUGCGCUAACAUUUGAAGAAUUGUCCACAUUAUUGUAUCAGGUGGAAGCAUGUGCAAAUUCAAGACCACUUUGUGCACUAUCUACUGACCCUGAUGACAUCGAUUGCCUAACACCUGGACAUUUCUUGAUUGGGGCACCGUUACUGGCACCACCCGACGAAAGCUACAUCGAAACGAACAGAAUAACAUGGAAAUUCUCACCACCGGGCGCACCACAUUUCAAUGGCCUGGUAGAAGCUGGCGUAAAAACAGUAAAAAUGUAUCUAAUGAAAGUGAUGGGAGAACAAAAAUUCACAUUCGAAGAGUUAACGACGAUUCUAGCGCAAAUUGAGUCGGCAGUUAAUUCAAGACCUCUGACUCCAAUUUCGUGUGAUGUAAACGACAUCCAAGUGUUGACGCCUGCACACUUCCUUAUAAACUCACACCCAACAGCAAUCGCCAGCGAAAACUUGGAUGAAUGCAAGAUCAGUUAUCUCGACCGCUGGAAAAGGGUACAACAAACGUCAUCACCCGUGGGCCAAUGGCCCAUGGGCCGAGUCAUUAAAGUACAUCCAGGCCAAGACGGACUGAUAAGAGUGGCAACGAUAAAAACAUCGCACAAUACUUUGACACGUCCAUUAACAAAGUUGGCUCCACUUCCGAUCGACGAUGCCAACGAAAUACCAAACUCAUCAACGAUUGAAAAUGAUUUAAAAAAAUCUACCAACCGUACUCAAAAUAUGGGUACAUCUUCAAUUACGGCAUUACUGACCACCGCAAUGACAAUAACGCCAGUAAAUGCAACUACGUCCGCAAAAUCCAUUGAAACAACAACGACAACGAUCAUCGGAGUAUGCAUGUGUUUAACAUUCAUCGCAUGUGUACUCAUAUUCUCAAAACAAAUACGAAAACUCGCAACGUCGGCUAUGUUAAUUUUCGUAAUGGCCAUUUCAAUGUAUUGUCCAGCGGCAAAUGCAGCUCCAUUACCUAGUUCUGGGUUUUGGAUAGCCGGACAAUACGUUGACAAACUGGAAGCCGAAGACAGGCAAAUGCAAGAAAGAAUAACAAAAUUGACGAACGAUACAAUCACAAGUAUCGAAGGAAUCGACGAUAGCGUGUCAGAA